AUGCCCCUGCAGGUCAGCGAUUACAGCUGGCAGCAGACGGAGUCCGCAGUCUUCCUCUCCGUGCCGCUCCGGGGCGUCUCCGUCAGGGACGCGGACGUGUUCUGCGCGGAAAACUACCUGAAGGUCAACUUCGCUCCAUUUUUAUUUGAGGUGUUUCUCUACGCUCCCAUAGACGAUGAGAGCAGCCAGGCCAAGAUUGGGAAUGACGCCAUUGUUUUCACCUUACGUAAAAGAGAAGCCCUUAUGUGGGAGGCCCUUUCUGUGUCAGGUGUUGACAAAGAGAUGAUGCAAAAAAUAAGAGAACAAUCUAUUUUAAAAGCACAAGAAAGAGCAAAAGAAGCUACAGAAGCAAAAGCUGCAACAAGGAGGGAAGAUCAAAAAUAUGCACUAAAUGUCAUGAUGAAGAUUGAAGAUGAAGAGAGGAAAAAAAUAGAACAAAUAAAAGAAAAUGAACGAAUAAAAGCAACUAGAGAACUGGAAGCCUGGAAAAAACAACAAAGAAAAGCUGAAGAACAAAAAGGAACUCAAAGAGAAGAUAAGUUACAUCAACAAGAAAAGCAAAUAGAAGAGGGAAAGAAAUUAAAACAUAAAAGUUUUCCUAGAAAUUCGACAACUAGAAAUCUUGCCACAAAAGGGAGAAACUCAGAAAACAUAUUUUCUGAGAAGUUAAAGGAAGACAGUAUUCCUGCUCCUCGCUCUAUAGGCAGUAUUCAAGUCAACUUCACCCCUCGAGUAUUCCCAACUGCUCUCCGGGAAUCACGAGUAGCAGAAGAAGAGGAGUGGCUACACAAACAAGCAGAGGCAAGAAGAACAAUGAAUACUGAUAUUCCUGAACUUAGUGAUUUAAAAGAAGAAGAAAAGAACCCAGAAUGGUUGAAGGAUAAAGGAAACAAAUUGUUUGCAACAGAAAACUAUUUGGCAGCAAUCAAUGCAUACAACUUAGCCAUAAGACUAAAUAAUAAGAUUCCACUAUUGUAUCUGAAUCGGGCUGCUUGCCACCUAAAAUUAAAAAACUUGCACAAGGCCAUCGAAGAUUCUUCUAAGGCACUAGAAUUAUUGACACCACCUGUUCCAGACAAUGCUAAUGCAAGAAUGAAGGCAUAUGUACGACGUGGAACAGCAUUCUGUCAAUUAGAAUUGUAUGUAGAAGGCCUACAGGAUUAUGAAGCUGCACUUAAGAUUGAUCCAUCCAACAAAAUUGUACAAAAUGAUGCUGAGAAGAUUCGGAAUAUAAUUCAAGGAACAGAAGUAAAAUCUUAA